AGAAUGAAGCAGAUGCGGCAGCAGCCAAAAGUCUGGAGGUGGUAGAUAAGCAUCGUUGUUCUUACCCUGAGCACACACCUGCGUUACACACAGCAGACUCUGCAUUUGGAUUCAUGGCGGAGUAUUUUGACAGCUUUGCUUGUAGACCAGGCAACAAGCAACAAUAUCAGAGUACUGUGUGUUUGAACUCCUCCUGGGAACAGGCGAGUUAUUCUGCCAGCUUGUAGAACAUCUUUUAUUUGAUUUAAUGGAUUUCUAAUUUGUUAUAUUACGGGAAACGCUCAGCAGUUUGAAUAGCGAUUGAAAGACUUAACUACACGCUAUCUGUUAGUCUUCUUUGGACCUCUGUAAUCAUUUUCACACUUGGAUAUGAGUAUAGGUGUGCUGCAUAGAAAAUGCCAUUGCCUAAAAGACUAGCAUCCUGGUACAGAUAUUUUUCUGUGGAGUGACUCUGAAGAUGUAUUUGAAGAACGGGAAUAUUUUAACUAUCUUUUUGUUUAUUAAAUACUUUUUUUAACAGCAGCUGGAAAAAAUAAAAGCAGCAGCACAGUUUAAGUCUUUGUGUAUUUUUAACCAUGUUCUUUCAUUUUUUCGUUAUGUUUGUUGCCUGGAUAGCUCUUCAGACAUUAUGCAUAAAACACCUUGUACAUAUCUGACACACUGUUCAUUCACCCACUAGAAAAUGACACACUGAAUGCAUAUUCACCAUGUUCUGACUGGUAAGGGCUUUGUUCUCAUUCUCACACAAUUGCCCAUCAUGUUUACCAGGAUUUUUAUCCCGAAGAAACACCGACAGCACUUCGAUGAUGUGGUGCAACAGGGUCUGAUCAACAGGAUUUGUCGGAAUAAAACAGAACAUACUAGCCGCCUACGAAGGAGCAGAAGUGAGGACCACCAGGAGAGACUGCUGGUGUCAACGCGAGCGAGCUCUGUGCCACGAUGCAGUGAGGAAACAGGAAAGGGUUUGAGAAAGACUGCCUCCCUAAUUGGUGGUAGCUCCUCAGGAUCUGGAAACACUCGCAGGACACUUCGGGUAUACAAAAGAAAUAAAAGCUUUGGGUUCACCUUGCGUGGACAUUCACCUGUGUGGGUAGAGUCUGUUAUUCCAGGCAGUCCAGCUGAACAUGCUGGUCUCAAACCAGGAGAUCGGAUAUUGUUUCUCAAUGGACUUGACAUGAGAAACUGUUCGCAUGAGAAGGUGGUCUCCAUGCUGCAGGGCAGCGGUGCCAUGCCAACAUUAGUUGUUGAAGAAGGACCUGUUAGUUUCUUUAUAGACGCAGAUUCUGCAGACUCCCCAGCUCGAUCUUCAGUUCUAACAUCAUUGCAAUGGGUGGCAGAAAUACUACCUUCCAGUAUCAAGAUUCAAGGAAGAACAUUCAACCAGCAACUGGAUCAUCUGUUAACGCCUUCUGAACGUUAUAGUGUUUGUAAGGCACUGGAAACGUUCUUUCAGCACAGGAACAUUGAUACCCUCAUAGUGGAUGUCUACCCGGUACUGGACACCCCGGCAAAACAAGUUAUCUGGCAGUUUAUCUAUCAGCUGUUGACCUAUGAAGAGCAGGAAAAGUGUCAGCAGAAGAUUGCAAGGUUCCUGGGAUUGAAAACGACAGGUCACAGUGAUUCUGGAGAGAUUCCGAUGCGAUUAGUCCCAGGAGAAAGACAAGCAGGAGAUGGCACAUCCCUUCCGGAGACACCAAAUCCCAAAGCUCAAAUGUCGGCAGUAUAUGCUGAAUUAGAAACUCGUUUUGUGAGUAGCUUCACUGGAAAACUUACAACUCCAGCGAAAAAUAGAGGAUCUCCUGUACUGGACCAAAUAACCAAAACAGGGAAUAGAAAGUCAGGAUUAUCACUUUCAUGGCAGCCAGACCCUAUGCCUUCCCAACAAUGUCAUUGCCAGCCACUUAAUCCUUCACCCACGAGCACGGAAUCAAACCCAUAUGUCAGUCUUGACAACAGUCCAGUUCCUUCUCCUCAAAACACAGACUUCAUGAUGCCCUCACCAUCUAGGAAGACUAAGCUCUUUACCUUCUCAAGACCUCCUCGAAGCAAGGACACUGACAAGUUUCUGAAUGCCUUAAGUGAACACCUCGGACACAGAGUUGACAUCAUGGAUGAUCUCCUGACCCCAGAGAAUGAUUAUGAAGAAAUGAGAUUUCAUGAAGAUCCAGGGAAGUAUAUGACACAAGACAUAACGAGUCCCACUGACUACAUCAGUAGUAGUGAAGAUGGGAGUUCACCCACAUAUUCCUCUUGUUCUGAUAUCAUUCCUCCACCUCCAAGUAGCCCUGCUCCGCCCCCUCCAAUACAGUUCCAUGAUCACAAGUCAGUUGCUUUAACUAGUGAUGUGGGCAGGAAUAGUUUACAGCGGUCCUCUAAGACAGAGACAAAGUCACACGUCAUACCACCGCCUCCUCCCCCGCCUCCCCCUCCCCCACCUCCCCCACCUGUGCUUUGUCCACCACCUUUGCCACGUGGAGCACAUCAUCGCAAUGAUUCAAGCCACAUGAGUGUAAAAAGAUUACGGUGGGAGCAGGUUGAGAACUCUGAAGGAACUAUCUGGGGUCAGCUGGGAGAAGACUCAGACUAUGAUAAACUCAGCGAUAUGGUCAAGUACCUUGACCUGGAACUCCAUUUUGGGACGCAGAAACCUGCAAUUUCUUUUCCAGAGCCAGCCAUUCCAACUGAAUCUUUUAAAAAGAAAGAUGUCACUGAAAUAUUGACACGUAAAAAGGCUUACAAUACAUCAAUCCUUAUAGCUCACCUUAAGCUAUCACCUCCUGAACUGUGUCAGAUUUUAAUGACUAUGGAGAACAGCCGGCUGGAGCCCACACACUUCAAGCAACUUCUGCUGUACGCUCCGGAUGAGGAAGAGGUGAAGCAGUUUCAACAUUACAAAGAUGAUCCAAGCAAGCUCAGUGAACCUGACCAGUUUGUGUUGCAGAUGCUGUCUGUACCUGACUACAAGACUCGACUGAGGAGCAUUUACUUUAAGGCCACCCUACAGGAAAAGACAGAUGAGAUCACUGCUAGCUAUGAAUGCAUUUACAAUGCAUCCCUUGAGCUGAAAAACAGCAAGAAACUUGCAAAAAUCCUGGAGUUUGUUUUGGCUAUGGGGAAUUAUUUAAAUAAUGGACAACCCAAGACCAACAAAACAACAGGAUUUAAAAUUAUCUUUCUUACAGAGUUAAAUACGACUAAGACUGUUGAUGGAAAAUAUACAUUUCUUCAUAUUCUUGCCAAAUCACUUAGCCAACAUUUUCCUGAACUGCUAGGCUUUGCCAAGGACCUCCCUACAGUUCCACUUGCUGCCAAAGUUAAUCAGAGAACAAUAACAUCUGACCUUAAUGAUCUCCACUGUACAAUAAAUGAAAUCAAGACUGCCUGCAAGAAUAUGCCAGCUACGACAGACGAUCGAUUCGCUGAUGUCAUGAAUGUAUUCCUAGAAAACAGCUAUCCUAUUGCUCAGUCGCUGGAUUCCCUUCAGCAUAAAGCUAUUGAAGAAUUCAGUAAAGUCUCUUCAUUUUUUGGCGAAGACCCCAAAGCAACCACUACAGAGGCCUUUUUUGGUAUAUUUGCUGAGUUUAUGAGCAAAUUUGAGAGAGCAUUCACUGAGCUACAGACCACAGAGAAUCCACGUAGUCCACGGAUGGCUUCACCCUUAGUCUGGUGAUGCAGUCAUUAAAUCUUCUGAUCAACAAACUAUUGCCAACGAAGUGCAAUUUAAUAAUUACAUUCUGCAUAUUUAUUUGCUGCUAGCAGGGAUUAUAGAGUAACAUUUAAAAUUUGUGUGAAACUUGAAUAUUUUUGAAAAUAUACCACAAAAGGACACAUUUUAUGGUUAAAAAAACGUAUCUGCUCACUGGAAUCCAAUGAACACCCUACAGAAAGAAGGAACACAAAUGAAAUCUAGUUCAGAAGAGGAAGUAGAACUUCUUUUAAAAGUUCUAGCAUUUAGUACUGAGCUCCUUUUGGAUGGUGUUUUAUAGAAAGUGAUAUUUUGUCAUGUUUGGAGUCCCGUUACUUUACUUAUUGUCUGAACUUGUGUGCUGCUGUCACAGUCCACACUGUCUGUCUUUCAUCACAUAAGUAAUCUGCAUACAUAUCUAAGUAAAAUGCAUCCCAAACUCAUUCUGUAUUCAGUGCUGGGUAUUUUUGUAUAACUUUUUGUUGCUAUCUCUGGUAGUCCAGUUUGCUUUUUGUAUUGAUUAUUCUUAACUCAGAUCUUUGUCAGGUCACAAAAUAAAUGAAUGGCAAUUGUUCUAGAAGCUGAUCUGCUGUUAAGUCAAAUAUGUCAAAAUGUAUUUCUGCACUAAACAAGAAGGAUAUCGAUCUUAUGUUGAAAUGUUCACUUAGCACAUAUCUCAAAAUUACAUCAGAAGUAUGUUUUGGUUGGUAAUAAAAGUAGCAUCUUAUAACUUGGCAAAACUUUGUAUGCAGAAAAUAAAAAAAAAAAAACGAGUUUAGUUCAGAAUGUUUCAGAAAGUAAAGGUCAAUAACAUGGUUACCUAAUGCUGAAACAUUCUGACAUCAUAGCUUCAAAUCAGUCUCAACCUGUUCUAACCUAAUGAAUGAAGGACUGCACAUUUAGUUUUCUUAUAUCAAAUUAUUACGGUAAAUUACAGUUUAAAUGUCUCAUUGUAAUUGGUCUCCAAAGUAGUUAAAUGUAUUCCACUGUAUCUGCUUUGCAGCUUGCAUUUUGAGGUUGUUGGUUUUUCCAAAAAUUAUUGAAGGAAAUAUGUAUUAUUUCAAGGUAUGGCGCACAGACCCCAAUGUACUUAGGAAUUAAUUUCCUUCUCUUAGGAAAAAAGUCUGGAAAAUAGCUUUUGGGAAAUUGUGCAAAUAUUUCAACAAACUCUAAAUUACUAAAAGAACAUAAUACAAAGUGACAUCUCUGAAUGUUUCUUUUGAUAUCUUCUGACUGAAAAUACUGUAUGCCUGCCUCUCUCUGAUGGCUGCAUCUGGUAAAAUGUUACUCACUUUUAAACUUUGGGAAAAUUUCAAAUUUUUUGAAUGGAAAAAGGACAAGUAAUUAGCACAACUGCGUAACUGUCUGUGCCUCAAGAUGGUUAAACUAAGAAUAUGGCUGAAAACUGAAUCACUGAAAGAAAAAAAAAAGAGAAACAAAAAUAAUAAAUGGAAACGCACAUAAAUGAAAAAUGAAAUCCUGAGUAAUGACAGUAUUUUGCUUGGAACUCAUAAAGGCGCUUGGAACCUAAACACUAUCAAAUGAAGCUUGUGUAAAAAUCCGUUUUAAUAUUCCAGCUUUUCAGCUAAUUGCAGAAACAUUUAGGUGAAAUAUUCUACAUACUACCUAAAGUAUAUUUUAUAAAUGGAACAAGACUUAUCUGCAAAAAUUUAAGCUUGCUAUCUUUCUUACGUAUUUCCUGGAAAUGCUUAAAGAUUUCUAUUAUUGACUUAAUGAUAUUAAAAUGAUGUCAAUAUGAGCAGAAACGAUUUAGAUAGAAGAUAUUAUGCUCUAUUUUUUUUUAUAACUGGAAAAAUACUAGCCUGCAAAAAUGUGAGCUAAAUAUUAAAUAAGUACUUUUGGCAAUGCUUGAA